CAGGUUACAGAUUUAUCUACCUUAAGAGAAUUCUUUCCAGUGUCCAUUCAACACAAGGUAUUUUUACAAUUUGUGUAUACUGGAACCAAACUUAUCUUUUUUUUUGCGCGGAGUGCCCUUCUUUUGGGCUGGUCUUUAUAUUUUUCCCUUUAUUUAUGCCUUCUUUAAUUUUUGCCCCUGCCGCCUGUUUAAUGAAUAUUUUUUGACGAAAUUACCCUUACCCCAUUAAAACCCUUUCUAUUUCGUCAUUUGCCCUUUUUUUUUUUUUUUUUUGCUUCUUCGUUCCUCAUCUGUUUUGUGUCUGUCUUAUUUGUUCUAAAAUUUAGGUACGAAUUUGGAUAUUUUGCUCGUUUCAAUAUUUAUUUUUAUGUUGAAUUGAUAUCUUUGUCUUCGUCGUUUUUUAUAUUUAAUUGAUCCUUUUUGAUUUCAAAUUAUAGUGUUUUUGUUACAGUGUCUGUAUGAUUUUUUGAACUUUAGUUUCGUUCCCCAUGUAUAUAUUCUGGUUUUUUGAAUGUCGUAUUAUGAAUGUCGUAAUAUGUUUUAGUUGAUUUUGAUAUGCGUUUGGUUUUCUCUUUGUUGAAUCUUUGAAGUUUUGUCUGUGAACAACUGUUUUAUGUUGUUGCUGUUGUUUUUGUUUAAUAAUCUAGGUUUUGUGAAGAAUGUGUUUGUCUGAGGCAACAUAUGCCGGGUCCGGCAGAGUUGUUGCUUUUUGAAACUGAAGUUAUGCCGGUUCCGGCAUAAAGUUAUGCCUGUUCCGGCAUAAAGUUAUGCCUGUUCCGGCAUAACUUCAUGAAUUAAGUUAAUUUAUGUGUGUCUUGGUUUUUUGGUGUUGUCUUGUUAAUAAUUUUGGUUUUUAUGCAAUCUUUAUGUGUUUUGGUGUUGUUUUGUUAAUAAUGUUGGCCUUUUAUGCAAUCUUAUGUGUUUUGGUUCUUUCUUCUAUUAUGCAGGUAUUUGUGUACCAGUCUAGGGGCUGAUUUUUUAUCAUGGAGGAACAUCCCUUGGUUAAGUUUGAACAUUGGGUUGAAGGAGGUGGCAUGUGGAGUGGUGAUUUUCAUUUUCGGAGUUUGAUUUUGUCCUUUUUGAGUGUCUCUCAAUUGGAGUUGUUGAAAAAGGGUGUGUUUGGACAGUUUAUGGAUUUGGUUGAUGUCCGCCAGAGUGAUAGUAUUUUCCAUUGCUUGAUCUUAUCGCAACUUUCAUCUAGUAAUGAUAGUGCGUUAAAGUUUAAGAUUUUUGAUGGCGUGUGUGUAUUUGAUUCCGAGUCUUUCCGUCUUAUUAUUGGGUUGGAUUCUUGUGUUGGCGAUUUUAGUGUUGUGUCUAGCAGACCAAAUAGAUUGUUGAGACUUUAUUUUUCAAAUCAGGAUAAAAUAAGGUUGUGUGAUCUCAGGAGUUUUUUACAGAUCAAGUCAAGUAAUCGUACUGGUGGUUUUUGGGAAAGAUCUAGUGAUCCUGUUAGACUUGCUGAGGUCUAUAUAUUGGAGAGGGUUUUGUUGGGUCGUAACGAGAAAUGUGUUGUUAAAGGUCAUCUAAUGAAGAUAAUUGACGAUGACAGUCUUCGGGUGUCUUAUCCUUGGGGUUCUCUUAGUUUUAAUUGGUUGGUACGGUCGAUUCGUGGUUGUGUGAAGACUUUAAAGAGCACGCCAUCUACACGUUAUAUGAUUAGUGGUUUCCCUUACGCUUUAAAUGUGUGGCUGUUGGAGGUUUUCCCUAUCUUUCGAGGGUUUUCAAGUUUUCAUGGUCUGAAGUUUCCUCGUAUGUUGUCUUGGGGUCCUUCAAAGCAAAUUGAUUAUAAAGUUAUUACUGAUAAUUUCUUCCAUGCUGAAAAAGUAUGUGUUCCCCUUUUGUUGAUGCUUCUUUUUCUUGGUUCUUUUUCCCUCUUGUUAUUUUUUGUGUUUUUGUCUAAAUUGAUGUGUUUAUAUUGUGUUAUAGAGAUUCAAGAAAUUUAUUGUCCAUGCUGUUGUUGUUGGUACGGAACAAGAGAUGCUGGAUUAUCCAGUUGCACUUAAAUUUCCUGAUGAUUCAGGCCCUUGUUCUUCCCGUGCGGUUUUUCCAUCUGAAGUUACUUCUCAGAUAGUUGAUGUAAGUUGUACUUUGCUUUUUGUGUUUUUGGUUGUUUAACUGAAUUCUGAGUUAGAGGCCUUGUGGUAUAG